AUGGCGUCCCAGAGUGAUUUAGACAGACAGAUUGAACAGCUAAGGGCGUGCAAACUCAUAACCGAGGAUGAGGUUAAAUCCCUCUGCGCCAAAGCCCGAGAGAUACUUAUAGAAGAGAGCAACGUUCAGUGCGUGGAUUCCCCCGUAACUGUUUGUGGCGAUAUUCACGGUCAGUUUUAUGACCUGAUUGAACUUUUCAAAGUUGGAGGCGAUGUUCCUGACACGAACUACUUGUUUCUCGGUGACUUCGUUGACCGUGGCUAUUACAGUGUCGAGACGUUUCUUUUGUUGUUGGCAUUGAAGGUUCGGUAUCCUGAUCGCAUAACUCUCAUACGUGGUAAUCACGAAAGUAGACAAAUCACCACAGUGUAUGGCUUCUACGAAGAAUGUUUACGGAAAUAUGGAUCCGCAAUGGUUUGGAGGCAAUGUACUGAAAUUUUCGACUACCUGUGCCUUUCUGCAAUAAUUGACGAUCGGAUAUUUUGUGUCCACGGUGGCCUCUCUCCUACGAUCACAACGCUUGACCAAAUACGAACAAUCGACCGGAAGCAGGAGGUCCCCCAUGACGGUCCAAUGUGCGAUCUUCUGUGGUCUGAUCCAGAGGAUGCCCUUGGCUGGGGUGUCAGUCCUCGAGGAGCCGGAUACCUGUUCGGAUCCGAUGUUGUCGCCAGUUUCAAUCAGUUGAAUCGUUUGGAUCUAAUUUGUCGAGCACACCAGCUGGUAAUGGAAGGAUACCGUUGGCACUUCAACGAAAGCGUCCUCACAGUUUGGUCGGCACCAAACUAUUGUUAUCGCUGUGGAAAUAUUGCAGCAAUCCUCAGACUGGACGAUCGGUUGAAUCGGGAUUUCAAAAUAUUUGACGCCGCUUCACAAGAUGUUCGGAACAUCCCAGUCCGUAAACCGGUUCCAGACUACUUUCUUUGAACGAAUAUUCGGUCGAAACUUGGCAGUUGGUUGCAGUGUUAUGCAACCUGCACACUACCCAGGAAAUCAGGGACAGCACCUCACCCUUUCUUUUCCGUGCGCUCCACAUUUGUGCAUUUUGUACUACUGAUUCAGAUUUACCGCCCAACCGUGUAUAUUGUAAAAAUCCCAAGUUCCCUUGCUAUAUUGCAUACUUUAACGUUUUUUAGGCUAUGUUGGUCUAUUGGAUAUGCAAAGUUUGAGAAUAACCUCGCUUUUUAAAGAGCUAACAAGAGUGAU